UUAUCCCACAAUUUGCAUUUGACACAAUAUGUGUACAUCAUAAUAGUCGAUGCAUUAAUUAAUUUGGGCAUCGCUUUUUGAAAUAAUUUCAUAUUUACAAAAAACAAAAAUCUAGAAUGUAUUUUUGCGGAAGAUACUCAAUUUCAGAGGCAGUCUUAUCCAUCGCUGUAGCAGACAUUCUAUUCUCGACUGGAUCACUGCUCGUGCAUACGGCCGAAUCCGUAUUUCUAUCUUCAUUCAAGUCUUCGACUACCUCGCCCAUUUCAGGAUCGGAUGAGAACGUUAUCUUCAAAUAUGACCAUGUCAACGUCUCCACGACGCCAAACCCCUUCGCAGAAUGGGUCCACCCCGAUCCUCCCAACGUUACGGCGCAAUUUCCUUCAGAGAAGUUGAUAUUGCCUUCAGAAAUGUCGGAGGAGGUCAAACUACAUGCGAGAUCAAUUCUCUGUUGGGCUUAUAUGGGGCUCCACCUAGUCAACAUAUUGAUGGCUUGCGUCCUUUUCCAAGCAGUGACCCAGGAGAAUAUCCUAAAGUGCAUUUCCUACCUCGUGAUAACCCCGCUACUUAUCGGGCUCGCAUAUGCUUCCGUCCUUUACCACAUCUUUGUCCUGGGACUGUCCCCCUUCUACUACGCCCCCACGAUGUAUCCCGCUUAUUGGGCAUGGAAAGCAGCGUCACUCUUCAUCGUGUCCAAAUAUUUACAACAGAUUCGCGACACGGGGCGAAAACGGAAAAGAAGAGAUGAAUAUUACCAGCUCGGAGGAGGUGGAGGUGGCGAUUCCCCAACAAGGACGACCAGUCUUAUCAAUAAAGGGACGUGGAGUGAUAACCAACAAAUCGACGAUGACGACGAGGUGCCACUACUUCCGAGAAAGUUUGAUAUUAUGGAGGAUAAGUUAAAACUUGACCAUCAAACCUGCCUCGGAUUUGAUGACGACCACGCCAUAAUUCGUGGCUUCCUUGCCUCCACCUCCGGCGAUGGCGAAUUUGGCGAAAUUGCCGUAACUUUGAAAACGUUGAAAGUGACGACACCGACGAUCCCUCAUUCCGGGAGGUUGUUAAAAGAGGCGAAUUUGCUCGCCUUCAUCGGAGAGCAUGACAGCAUCCUGAAAUUUCUUGGUGUAUGUUGCAAGUCGAGUUUAAAAGAAAAAGUUUUCCUCGUCUCAGAAUAUUACCCGAAGGGAAGAUUGGACGCAUUUUUAAAAGAUUGUGUCAACACGUAUGACGGAAAGACAUUUACGAAUUUGUUGGACAUCGGACAGGACAGAAUUAUGGUCUCUUCCACUCGGAAACAACCCGAGCUGCCCAACUUCGACACACUAAACAUACUCGAGUGGGCUUAUCAGAUAUGUAACGGGAUGGAGUUUCUUCAUCAAAAAAGGAUAAUUCAUGGAUGUCUUCAAGCCAAAUCAAUCAUCAUAAUUAGUUCCAAUACCAUUAAAAUAUGGGAUUUUGGCUUUGCGAGAAAGCUAAAAAGCUCGAAUUACACGGUUAAACGGGAAGAUUUGCCAAAUCGCUUUCCUUGGCGUUGGAGUGCGCUCGAAUGCCUCACAACGCCUGCCUCCGAUCCCAUCCGGUUCAGCACGCGGAGCGACGUUUGGGCGUUUUCCGUCCUUAUUUGGGAGAUUUUCGCCCUUGGAAAUGUUCCUUACGGGGCCUGGGAGAGCGACAUUGUGCGCGGACUACUAAAUGGAGUGCGGCUAGAAAAACCGAAAAAUUCUUCUCAACAAUUAUAUGAAAUUAUGUUGGCUUGUUGGAGACCGGAUCCAUUAGACCGACCGAAUUUUGCCCUUUUAAAACUAUUCUUUCAGCAAUUUCUGUCCUCGUUGAGAAAUUCAUCACAACUACAUUAACAUUUAGUAGUGUAAAGUCAAUUAAUUUUACAAUAUAACAAAUGUAACUAUUAAUUCAUUAAAAAAAAUAAA